GUUUCAGGUUGUAUGCACUGGAUCGCAGGAAGAGGAAGAGAAAGCUGAAUGUAUACCAGGAUUUCAGGAGAAGAAGUACCAGGUGGAGUACAGUGGAGGGUUCCUCAAAGACGUCCCUCUGCUGCAAGUGGUGUUUGAUGACUGCGCUGGAAAUGAGGGUGUGGAGUUUGAAGUGUCAAACACUGACUUCCUAAUAGAUGACAAAUUGAAUCUGGUUCCCAGAAGGCACGUGAUUGACAGUGGAGAUGUCAUGUUUGUCCAUGGUGUCAACAAUCAUGUCGAUGACAUGGCACAGGUGACCAUUAUGGGAGCACCAUCCAGAUCUCCUCAGACACUCAGGGAGAUCCUGGGUCUGUCAGACAUGAUGCCAUACCGAUCCAAAAGAUCCUUGCUGGUGCCCCCCAUGUUUGUUCCAGAGAACCAGCGAGCCCCCUUCCCAAGGUUAAUUGGAAAGUCGCAUGUGAUCUCAUCUGACAUGAAGGAAGACCACAUCUUCCGUUUGACAGGAAGGGGAGCAGACCAAGACCCUAAGGGUGUGUUCAGCAUCAACCGACUGACGGGAGACGUGGCAGUUAGCCGAGCCCUGGAUCGAGAAGCCAUCGCAUACUACCAUCUCCAGGUAUCCACCACUGACCUGAGUGGCAAGUUGGUAGAGGGACCUGUAGACCUGGACGUGUCUGUUAUUGACCAGAAUGACAACCGACCGGUCUUCAAGGAGCCGCGCUACUCUGGGGAGGUUCAGGAGGGCUCCCCUACAGGCACUACAGUGAUGACCAUGACGGCUUACGACGCAGACGAUCCCAACACGGACAACGCUGUAUUGCGUUACAUCAUCAUGCGACAGCUGCCGGAUAAACCUUCACCCAAUAUGUUCUACAUCGACCCGGAAAGAGGUGACAUUGUCACCGUGAUAUCACCCCACCAGCUCGAUAGAGAGACUCUUCCAACCACACAGUACGAGCUAGAGAUUGUGGCAAAGGACAUGGCAGGAAGUGAGGUGGGUCUGACAGGAACUGCAACAGCCACCAUCACCAUCACAGACCGGAACGACCACGCACCUGAAUUUACACACUCACUG